GGCGCUAGCCAGGGAGUGAGGAGCCUCGGAGUAAGGUCGAGGGUGAGGGCGCCGCUGGUCGGCCAACCCGGCCCAUUCUGCGCCGCUGCAGCCCGGGAUCGAGAAGAAGCCGGCUGGCCUAGACCGGGCCACGGCACCGGCAUGUACAGCGCUCGGCUUGACAGCUUCUUGAGCCAGCUCCGCUGGGAACUGUUGUGUGGCCGGGACACAGGCUCACCUCCAAUGCCUGGCCCCCUGCAACCACCACCCAAAACUGACCGAAGUGUACAGCCAAACCACCAGCUCAGGGCUUCAGAUACUUUGGAAGAGGAUUCUGUUUGCUGUGUGGAAGAAGAAGAGGAAGCCUUGGUGGAGGAAGACAGGGGUGCAUCCUUGGGAUGUCCCAGGGAACAUGCCCUAGACUGGGACUCUGGCUUCUCAGAGGUGUCAGGCAGCACAUGGCGAGAGGAAGAGCUGCCCAUACGCCAGCGCCCAGUAACCCCAGGACGGCCCCCUCAUAGCCAGCGUUUCUCUGUCAGUGACCUCCCUGUGCCCAGUAGGGCACCUGUAACCAGAGUAUCACCAGCUCACCGUCCACGGCCCAAGUCCACCCCAGAUGCUUGCCUGGAACACUGGCAGGGACUGGAAGCAGAGGACUGGACAGCAGCUCUGCUGAACAGGGGGCGUAGUCGCCAGCCCCUGGUGCUGGGAGACAACUGCUUUGCUGAUUUAGUUCAUAAUUGGAUGGAGUUGCCUGAGGCAGCCAGUGAGGGGAGUGAUGGAUGUGCACCUCGAGCCCGUACUCGACCCCCUCAGUUCCUGCUUGGCCUCUCUGAGCAGUUGCGGCGCAGGCUGACCAGGGCUCGCAGAGCAGCUAUGGCAGGAAAGCGGCUGUCAUGCCCACCUCGCUCAGAACCUGACCUGCCUGCGGACAUCUCAAGCUUUGCAGCCCUCAUGAACUGUCGCAGCCGCCAGCCCAUCAUCUACAGUGAUGUCAGCUACCUCUGAUCCUGCCUUCCUGUAUGAGACAAUAAAAUCCUUUUUUCUA